AUGCCGCCUUUAAAAAUAAAAUUCUCCAGGAGGCCAGAUCCGCCAGAAGAACCAGCGCCUAUACCUGCACCCGUGCCUGCGCCUGCGCCUGCUCCCCCAGCCGAAACUCCCCAAGCCCCCCGCAAGAUCACACUCAAGAUCGCACGAAAACCACACCCCGAGAGUGAAGAGAAACCAAAGAAGAAGAAGUCAACAAAGAAGCGACCAGCUGAAACUGCCGCACUGCCCGAGCUUGACCACGAACCCGAACCCGAGACGAGCCAGCAAGUCCCCAAGCGGAUAAAGCUGAUCCCAUCCAAGAAGCCUGCCUUGCAGUCAAUCCGCAUCAAAAAUAAAGGAAUCGUUCCCAACCGACCAGUAGGUGUUGGGUAUGACUCUGAAGCCUCGGACACCGAACUUGAUCCGUCCAUCGAAGAACAAUUCAUCUUACGGAUGCUCCCCGGAGAGGACUGCGAUAUUAUAAGAAAAGUAAUCAACGACAGGACAUUCAAGAAUGGUGACGUCGGGAUCAAACCCCUCACACGGGAGGGCCGGCGCUCCAUCGUGAAUGUUCGGGGCCACCAAUAUGCGGCAGCUCUCGUGGAUCUACCCUGCAUCAUCGAGGGCAUGAAGAGCUGGGACCGACGAGGCUGGUACAAGUCAGCAGAUAUCUGUCAAAUGCUCUUGGUUCUCGGACGCGUCAACAGUGACCAAGAAGCUAUGGAAUACCCACUCCCCCCGGGCGUUGACUCUCCCGAUGAAAAGACACUUCAAUACGCACACGGUAUCGCACCACCCCUCCGUUGGGUUCGCAAGCGGCGUUUCCGCGACCGCGUCAGCACCCGCACGAUCGAACAAGUUGAAAAGGCCGUGGAAGAACUCAUGGCCCAGGACGACAAUUCGAUUUUCCCUCCCAAGUUCGAGUUGGUGGACAGCACAUCCCUGAAUCGCGUCGAGGGCUUGGUACAAUCAGGAGGCUACGGGGAUGAAUACGACGAUGAGCAGGAUGCAUACGGUGAAGCGGAAGAAGAGAUGAUGGACGACUUCGAGGAUGCCCUUGCUGCCGAGAUGGAAGCAGCAUUGGCUGCCGGGGAUGAUGAGGCACCGGGAGCACCCGUGCAGGCACACACUACGUCCCAGUCGUUCACACCAGCUGGAGGACCGACCGAACGCGGCGACACCUCUGCGGAUGAGAGCAACAUCUCCGACGAGGACGAGGAAGAUGAGCUGGAUGACGACCAAAUCGAGCAGCAACAACAGCUCCAGCAGCAGCGCGAGGAAGUCGCCGAGCUGGAAGCUCUUAUCAAAACCGAGACCGCACAGUGGGAGAAGGUGCAGAAUCAUAUUUUGCGCAACAAGAUGGGCCGACGGAUCCAGGAACUGAAGAAGGACCUGCAACUGAAGAAGGUCUCUAUGGGCAUGCCAGCCGGGGACGAUAUCUGA